AUGGCAUUCAAUAACCAAGCUAUUGUUCCAUCUCCACCUGCAACAAGCACUGUACAUGUUACUUUCCUAAGUAAACGACACCAUUCUAAAACAGCAACUGGAUCACGUUCUGAUAAAUCAACAACUUGUGCAGGAUUUAAUAACCUUCUAAACAGAGAUAAGAUUUCUGCUCCAUCAUUAUUUCCAGAUUUUUUAUUUGCUGAAAAUAAAUCUUUUAAGUCAAAUUGUAAUUUCCAAAAAAUUAUUUUGAACAUUAAUAAGUUUGCACUUUAAUUGUUUAUCUGCAAUCUUGACACACGUAGGAUCCGCGCAAACACCACAUGAAUCACAGAUUAAACCACUAAUAUUCAAUAAUAAGCUUUCACAAAUGCUACAUUUUUUAUACCAGAAAAGCUUCUUUCAUAUCAUCCAAAAUAAUUUGACACCUUCUUUUUCGUUUCGAUUUCACAUCGAGGGAAAAGAGCUACAAAAACGUAUAGGUCAAUAGUUAAGAGUAUCGGAUUAUUUAUACUAGGCGUAAAGAUUGCUGUUGAAUGUAAAGGAGUCAAUCUAAUGCCACCAAUUUCUUAAAAAUAUUGAGAGAUAUUGAAAAUAGAUUUAAAUCUGUCAUAUUAUGCAUGUGCAUAUGUAUUUUAUCAUUCCCAUGUAAAAAAUAAUUGUAAAAGGCACAAACCAUUUAUACGUACUUGUUUUAUUUAAUUUCUCCAUUCAUUUCUUAAUUGUGUGUGUGUGUGUGUGUG